AUGGAGCGGCCCAUUUCCUUUUCUUCGGAGGAUAUCCGUGAUGAGAAGGUGCGCGUCCUGCGCGCAAUGGAUGCGAUCGAGCCGAAGAAUGUCAUCAUUGGGCAGUAUGGGCGGUCGCUCGACGGAAGCAAGCCAGGUUACUUGGAAGAUGACACCGUGCCCAAGGAGUCGCGCUGCCCAACCUUCUGUGCUUUGGUUGCCUACAUUAAGAACGAGCGGUGGGAUGGCGUGCCUUUCAUCCUGAAGGCUGGCAAGGCCCUGAACGAGCAAAAGACCGAAGUCCGCAUCCAAUUCCGCGACGUCACCUCCGGCAUCUUCAAGGACAUCCCCCGCAACGAGCUGGUCAUUCGGGUGCAGCCCAACGAGUCGGUCUAUAUCAAGAUGAACUCGAAAUUGCCUGGUCUGUCGAUGCAGACGGUGGUGACCGAGCUGGACUUGACCUACCGCCGGCGCUUCUCCGACCUCAAGAUCCCCGAGGCGUACGAGUCGCUCAUCCUGGACGCCUUCAAGGGCGACCACUCCAACUUUGUGCGUGAUGACGAGCUGGAUGCCAGCUGGCGCAUCUUCACGCCUCUGCUGCACUAUCUGGACGACAACAAGGAGAUUAUCCCCAUGGAGUAUCCAUACGGUAUGCCCACUCAUCCCCAGUAA